UGUUGGUCGCCUGCGCUGUGACAGUUAGCGGCUUUCUUGUUUUCAUCUAAAAGAAGGAUCGAUCUAGAUCUACAUCUACUGCCUCUAGUGUCUUGGAAAAAGAUGCGCUACAGCUACACGAUCUCCAAAGUAGACGUUGCGAGUGAAGAUGAAAACGCUGUUUGCUGUUUGACGUUUACCUCGAGCGGGGAAGUUGAUGAUGAGAUUUGGUAUACGUCGUUUCGUUUGUCGUCGGGAAGGAAGUAGUGCUUAAGUAAUGGAAUAAAGAAGACUGAGGUUGUUCUUGAGCUACUUGCAAGAUGGUCGCGCGAACAACCGCGGUUCUACGUUCCAAUGCAGCCGGAAUUGUAACAGGAGCCGGAACAGCAACUGGCUCAACCUCUUCGUCUGCAAAUGCGGUAAUGCUUGCGACGCGUAAAAUAAGUCCGGCUUCCCCCUCAAGAACCUCCCAGCAGCAACUCCACCGAGCCGUGCACCGUCCGGAGGCCUUGCUAAACCCGUACUUCCUACAGAAGGAGAAACUACAGCUGAAUCCGAGGCAGAAAGUUCUGUGGACGCAUAAUCCAGCAACCGGUGCUGGUGGUUCGAUCCCCGCCGAAGUAAAUGGCGCUGGUGGAGGCGGUGCCACCAGCACAGCUUCUAGUACUUCCAGCAGUAGCUCCUCUUCUUCCACACCCUCCGUCUCAAACCUGGAUUUAGCUCUGCUCACCAAUCGGGGCCUGCGGAAGCAAACCAUGGAAAAUAUCGUGAAUCUGCUCGGGUCCGACCUGGGCAGGCUACUGCUUUCCAUCCCGAAAAACAUCGGCCCGGAGCGGGCGUUCGUGGCGUACAAGCGGUUUUUGGUAAACAAGAUCAACUCGGAGGCCUCGGUUGACAGCCCAGGUGGAGCUCUUUCUGCCCUUCAACAAAGCAAAUUGAAAGCGGUAGAAAGUUAUGCAUUGCAAAAGGAAAAGCAUCGUACUAGUAGUUUAAAUUGCAUCACAAAUUUUGGCAAGGAGGAAAGUGGAAUCUGUAAUGCUGUUUUGUCACAGGAAGAACAUUUGUCAUGCAUAUUUGCCAUUUUGUACGAGUGCGAUAGUACUUUUGGACAGGAUAAAAGUAUGACGUUUCAAACUUUCGAGGAAGAAUACCGGAAGAUUAUGCCGAUGGUGAUAUCCUGAGCAAAAACAUCCCCACCCCAGAGUCAAGAUGGGGAUCUCGCAACACAAAUCGAGAAGUUUUGGGAGUCAAGCAUGACAAGUUCGUCUCUGUAUUGUAGUGCAGGAUAGCAAAUAGAGCCGCAAUGCAAAUCCAUCUACUCAUCUUGUUUAGAGCAUUACAAAGUCCAAAACAAGAUUGAAAAUUCCUCUCACGGGGAUGCGCAUUACAAAUCUUCCUGUGACUGGAAAUCUGCAUGACAAAUCUGGGGUGGGGACGUUUUUACUCAGGAUAGGUCAAGUGGGAACGACAGAAACGGGUCGAUCGGAACCACCGGAAACGACUCAAGCCGCAUCUGCUGCGUCGAGGAAAUCAGCAUUUGAAAAUCAACGAAACCGCGUUCGUGACGCCAGAAUUUGCCGAGGUAAAUGAUUUUUACGAAAAGGGCGUGAAUCACUUAGGCGGUGGCGGUACUAGCAGUUCAGCAUCCACCACUGGCGGUUCGUCGUAUUCGAAAUGUGGUGUGUGCCGAAGCUCUCUAUCGCAAGAAAAAACUGUUUCACUGUAUUAAACUUGUGAUGCGGAGAAUGCAACACAGACGCAUUUGUCUUGCGAGUACACAUGUAAGGCAUUGGGUUUAUCAACGUGUUUUCCCUUAUAAAGUACGCAUAGCAAGUUUCCUUCGUCAUGUGUAAUGUAAUGCAAAACUUGUAAUGCAAAACUGGCAAAAUCCUUACUUUACAGUGAGACAGCUUUUUCUCGCGAUGCUCUCUGCUCUUCGACUACUAUCUAGCAGAAAGCUACGCACAGCGGUACAAUGCUGCAGAUGCGAUUUUAGAAGAGCAGCAGCAGGACAAUAUCACAGCGCAGUCGACGUUUAUUAGUUCUUCCGUCACAGCUAUCCUGUGCAAAAGUAUCCUACUCGUACUAAUUGCGUUAUAUGCAUUACAAGUCUUUUUCUUAAGGCAAAUCCGCAUUACAAAUUUAAUUUGUGAUGCCAAGUCAGUUAUUUGUAAUGCAAGUUAUACUAGUACGAUGCUUGUGCAAUGCAUAAUAGGCAAGACAACUUCAGCUUCAAGCUCUUCCUUCCAGAAAAAUAUCGCAGCCGCUUUCCGGGACGAGUAUUUGGAUAGUGUGCGGCCGAUAUCCAAUUCAAAUAUGUCUGGGUCUGGAAGAAUGCAAGUUUGUCAUGCUUGUCUCACAUGCCUCUUGCGCCUGUAAUGCGUGAGCCGGAAAAUAAGAGCCUCUUGCCUGUCAUGCAAAAAUGUAGUUUGUCAUGCGGAAAGCGAAACACAAAGGAGCCCAGAAACUUGUCAUGCAUGGCUGCUUAUUGCAAUGUCCCCACAAUUCAUAAAUUAGCAUCACAAGUUUCCAGACGUUCAGAGAUAUUUGCAAUGCAUAGCCGGUGCUCGGGAAUGAACUGUCCGACUGGAAAACGCCGGCCAUGUAUGCAAGAGAAAUAAAACUGUGUAAUAGUUGUCGUUGUGUAACUCUGUAAUGCAAAGCAUGCAACACAGCCACACUUGUCUCAUGCUAGCCAGCCACGAGAUCCUAUUUCGUCUGAUGUUAUGUACUAGCUGCGCAUGACAGGCUUUCUGUGUCAUGCAGAACAGAUUUGUCAUGCUGUCAUUCUCAUUCCACAAGAGGACCUGCUAUAAGUACACUAACGCAGGUUUAUUCCUGCUGCAUAUCAUGAUGAAGAAAUCUAUUCUCACCAAGAUCCUGAACUCUUUCACGAGGAACAAAAUCGAGAAAUCCGUUGUGGAAAAAAUUGUCGACAAUGCAGCGAUGAAAAGCAUGAUUUCCGGCCGUUUAACCGCGGACCUCCCACCAGAGGUCCUUGAGCCGGUGUUCUCUUUCAACGGGAACCAAAGCUGGAGCUUCGAUCCCCGGGAAAGGGUGCGAAUUCAGUUGGAAAAUGUAGAGGGGAAGUUGGACGAGUUAUGAACUGCAAAAGCACCGUACUUAGUAGUGAUUGCAAGACAAAUUUCCUCAGCAUUAGAAGUGGAAUUUGUAAUGCGAGUUGCCCUUAGCAUCUGGAUUUGUAAUGCAUAACUGCAAUUAGUACGAGAACGAGUACGAUGCUUUUGCAUUGGAUACGAAUUACUGGCUGACGAUUUGUGUCAUCAUGAUGCACAGGAGAUGACGAGCAGCAGGACUGCAACUUCUACCAAAAAUGAUAAUGAUCCUCAUCAUCUUCAUCGCGGCGUAGAAGAAUUAGCACCUGUCACCACCCCAAACAGCACCACCUUCCCCUCCCUCUCCCCGGAAACCCGUGGCGAAUUGCUCGGCAGCUACAAGUUCGGGAAGCCGCAGGUGAAAUCGGAACGAGUCCUCAAUACGCUUCGUUACCCGACGUUGCAAAGCGUGGCGAAUCGGUUACCGGAGGACAAAGCCUACCGCAGUCACGUCUGGUCGGUGAUUAACAUUCUGGAACGGCAGAAAGGCUGGACGUUCGCGGACAAAAUUCGGGCGGUGCAGACUUUGAAAGAGGUGUACUACAAUCUGAAGAAGUCCAGCUACUGGCGCAUAUCCUGUGCAACAGUAUCGUAAAUUCGUACUAAUUGCAAUCUUGCAUGACAAUAAAUCUCCCUCCCCAAAGGCGACUCAGCAUUACAAAUGUCACUUCUCAAGGCGGGAAAAUUUGUGAUGCAAUUUUUACGUAGUACGAUAGUUUUGCAAUGCAUAGUGCCGGCGGAUCGACAAGAAGUUACCUUUAAUGUGUCCGUCGAAACGGGAGCGAAAGAAGUACGGGCACGGACACAAGUCGAAAUACGUGCAGCAGGUGAAUGGGGGAAGUAUGGACAAGAGUUACAAGCGCCGAGUGUUGUUCCGGAGGUAUCGGAGCUUGUGUCGCCUGCCUUGCAAAAGGAUUGACUUGGAUUGAAGAGAACGACUCUGUUUUGCAAAGAACGCAGGAAGGGUAAUUCAUUGCACCGUAAAGAAAUCGACGACUGUAGUUCUAGUUGAUGUACAAGUAGAUAGCACAAAUCCAUCCCGAAUACGAUUUGCAAAGUUCUUCUUGGAGCCAAAUCGUGAAUUGCAGAUGGUCUGGCAAGCACACUAGCGUGGUGCUCGCAAAGAUGAGUAGAUAAUGAAGCAUCGGGUAGUCUUGAUUUGUCGUUGUGCGACCAGGACCACCAAGAC